AUAGGGGUUAAAAAAUUUAGUAUAAUUAUUAUAAAAAAAAAAAGGGCCUAUUACUUCGCCCUUCUAACUAACAAAGAAUUUACUACUAUUAUAGAGGCUAUCUCUAUUACUAAAAAUUACGUACUAGCCUUUUUAAUCCUUAGUAGCUCUAUUUAUAUAGCUAGGUAA